AUGUCCUACAGUGUAAAGAAAAUGGGUGGUCGCCGACGUACCUCCACGGCUCAAGGAGAAGUGUCAGAAAUGAGCCCCACCGGUUCGGAUUCGUCUGUUUAUUCGGAUAAGAAGAAGCAAACACAUCUUCGAUGUGAACGACAACGGCGAGAGGCUAUCAAUAGCGGGUAUUCUGACUUGAAAGAGCUAAUUCCGCAAACAGCUUCUGCUAUGGGAUGUAAAACCACAAACGCGGCCAUACUAUUCAGGGCUUGUGACUACAUGCAUCAGUUAUCGUCCGAAGUUAAAGACAAUGAGAAAGAGAUACGACAGCUCAGUGCUCAGAUUUCUGCGCUAGAGAUGAUUGCGAGUCAGUAUGAAGCUAUGGCUGCUGAAGCUCCUCCAAGUGCCACCUCUUCAUUGCAAACUCAAAUGUUGCAAAUUCUGCUUGAUGACUGCUUCUCAUCGUUCGUUGAAAAGGUGGACUUCUCAUCGUAUGCAACCAUUACACGAACACUUGCUCACAUGGGUAGAGCAAAUUGCAGCUCAUAA